UUCCGUGGAAAUGUCUGCCCAGGAGGCUGCUUGGUAUUUGCUUCGGCAACCGAUGUCAGAAGCCAGCCGCAAGGUUGAGUUUAUUGCGACAAUGUGGCCACAAGAGCGAAUAAAAUCCAAGAAGCGGAACAAACAGAUGGACGAAGAGGAUCUCGACGACAAUUCCACCGAUGUGUGGACGCUAAACAUCAUCCAACGGUAUGAACUGCGCCGAGGAAUGGAUGAUAUCUGCUUGGCGGAUUUCGCAGCAUAUUAUUCGGAAGAAAGAUCCACGAAGCAUUCAUAUAGACUCCGUUUAGUUCCCCGUGUAUUGCGUUGGUGCUCAUACAGUAUGGCGGAAAUGGUCGACUAUAAGCGUGAGAUGGUUCUCCUCUUCCUACCGUUCAGGAAUGAAGUCUGCGAUGUACUUGAUCGGAACAAGUUCCUGAAGUUGUAUGAAGACAACGAGGCCGCCAUUUUGGCAAAGCACAAGGAGUAUGACUGCGAAAUGAACUUGGACCAGGUUGUGGAGGAAUACAUCCGCAGUUCGAGUUCGUCCGCACGAUCGUCAUGGAGCCGAAUGAUGACGAUAUUCACAACUUGCCAACAGGACCCUUGGCAGCUGUCGUCAAACAGCGAUCAAAUGUCUUGUCAAAGCAAGAAUAUUGUGAAAUGGUGCGUGCCACGAAUGCAGAGCAGCGGGAUUUGA